CUUGACGCUGAUCUCUGCUGGAGGAGCCGAGCUGCAGCAGAGCAGAGGGGCCCCGGUCGUUGUCCAAUGCUGGGGAGCCGGGAAUCAGGAUGUGCGGGCGGCGGGGAGGAGGCUGCCGGGCCCCCGGGGCCUCCGAGCCGGACCCACCGCGGGGAGGAGGAGGCGCCGCCCGGCCGCGCAGGGUGUCGUCUCACCGGCCUGCUCAGCUGGAGGCAGAGACCGUGCAGGACCUCAGCGCUGUUUGCUGCAGCCAACACGGUGUUCUGGUUCGUGACCUUCAGCUCUUUCCGCACCUACAGCAUCGCGGCCGGCCUGCUGGCUCUGAUCGUCGUCACUGCGACCGCCAAAGACUUCCUUCAGUCCAGAUCCACAGGUGCUCAUUUAUGGCGCAGCAUGACGACAAGCUGGGAGAUCAUCGACUCCGGCCAGGACAGCCAGUCUGGGACUGGACCUCAGCUCAGCGACGCCCUCAAACUUUUCCUGCAGGAAACAUCGGCUUUCAAGCAGCAAAACCCCGGCAAGUUUUGUCUGCUGGUUUGCAGUUUCUGCACCUUUUUCGCCGUCUUAGGACGCUACAUUCCAGGGAUUGUUAUCUCAUAUAUUCUAGUGCUGGGUGUUUUCCUGUGGCCUCUGAUUUCAUUUCAUGACGUCGGUUUGUGGCUGGAGCCAGUUCUGCAGAAGCUGGACUUUGGCAUCGGGGAGUUUCUUCAGAAAAUUAAAGAAAACCAUGAGAGAAGAAUCCUGCAGACUCAGGCUGACAGAGAGGGCAUCGAAUCCGAUCUCUCCUCCAUGUUUCCCAAGCUCGACUCCACAGUGUGUAAGGAGAUGUCUGUAUCGGACACAGAGGUGUCUGACAUGACGUGGACGGACAACGGUACCUUCAACCUGUCGGAGGGACACACGCCACAGACUGAGAACUCAGAGGACCUCGACAGAGAAGAAGCCUUCACCGGCGGCCUUCCAGAAUUCCCCUCACUUGACAACGGCGCAACAACAAACGGCGAGGACGACGACGACCUCAGCAUCGGCCUUCCCUUGCCUCCACAUCAGCCCCAGAAGCCAACCAAAUCCACGCACACACCCGAUCCUCGCAGAGACCAACCUGUAGACGCCCUCGAAUUAGUCAACCAGAUGGCGGGCGACGCCAUCGCCGCUGCCGUCACAGCUGCCAUUCAGGAGAGAAUAGAAGCGGCGGUCGGCUUCACGGCUUUCAGUGACUUUGGGCGGUCGGGACUCCCAGAUUCGACCAGGCUGCUGGAGCUGGCUGAAGAGUCGGACAGCGAGGUGGAGGACUUUGAGCUGCUGGACCAGUCGGAGCUGGAGCAACUGGAGGGGGAGCUGGGGCUGGGGGAGGUGAAGACCCGGGCCAAAGAGGAGGCGGGGGACAGGAGUGACAAGCCGACGUCUUCUGGAUUCUUCUCCAAACUCCUGAGACGCCAAUGAUGAAUCCUAUGAAAAGUCAGCAGAGGAGGAAGAAGAAUUACGGA